GUAGCGUUUUUAUUGAUUAGAUUCUGUGUCUCCGCCUCUGCGCCCUCCCACUCUCCCUGCUCCACCACCAUCUAUUAUCUCUCUCGCUUUCUCUUCUCUUCUCUCCUCGAUCAAAUCGGCUUCUCCGUCGCUGCAAGCAACGCCUCUCCGCCCUAAACCUCGACGCAGCACUGCUCAACCAUGACGCUUGGCUCAGCAGGAUCGAGUUGCGUGGUCCCUCGCAAUUUCAGAUUGUUGGAGGAACUUGAGCGUGGAGAAAAAGGUAUUGGAGAUGGGACAGUGAGCUAUGGUAUGGAUGAUGGAGAUGAUAUCUACAUGCGUUCUUGGACGGGCACCAUUAUUGGUCCCCACAAUUCUGUGCAUGAAGGUCGUAUAUACCAGUUGAAGUUGUUUUGCGACAAAGAUUACCCAGAGAAGCCACCCAGUGUUCGUUUCCAUUCUCGAAUCAACAUGACCUGUGUGAAUCAUGAAACAGGAGUGGUUGAACCGAAGAAGUUUGGUCUUCUAGCAAAUUGGCAGCGAGAGUAUACCAUGGAAGACAUUUUGACACAGCUGAAGAAGGAGAUGGGAUCUGCACACAACCGCAAGCUAGUCCAGCCACCUGAAGGCACGUAUUUCUAGUCUACAAGUCAUGGAACCGUACCGUGUAAAACUGUAAUUGUGUCAUGGCAGUGAAAGUUUUACGCAGAGGCUAACGUCCUCUGCUGAUCUAUCAUGCCUUCUCAAUCCCCACUUCUCUGCUUUCUAGUUUCUCCGAACAACGUUAUGGAACGCUGUUUCUUUAAAUGGGAUUUUGUGUGUGCCGAACAAGUUUUAAAUUAAAUAUGAAUCAUUUCGUCACCAUUUGUUUCCUU